AUGCUGACUGGUCACACUACCAUCCAGGAAUCUGGCCUUUCUCUGGUGAGAACGAAAUGCGCCCCAAACUUCAGCAUCAAGGGCUCAGAUGAAGAGACAGUGGAGGUCUUCACACCGGUGCUGACGGCCGUAUGGCCCUUCUUCGAGACCAUGCUCAGUUCGGGCAUGCGGGAAGCGUCGGAAAACGUGGUCGCGCUGGACGCUCCAGAAUCAACAGUCGAAGCCAUGCUGCGUUACCUACAUGGACAAGACUUGAAUCUCCAUUUUGACGAAGCGGUGGAACUGGUUAUGGUAGCGCAAAUGUACCAACUUCCCGAACUAUUGGCGAUUGUCGAACGGUUCUUCAGAAGCUUCGACACGGCAAUUACCCAAGCUAUGAUCCUGUGGCGCAAAUGCUGCGCGGCUGGAAACGACGAAUUAAGAGGCCUGGCUGUGAGCCAGAUUCAAAUGCUGAUGUCGAACACGCUGAGCUUUUCCGAGUCGAUUAAUGAGCUCUCAAGAGAUGAAAUGAUGCUGCUUCUCCGGGACCUUGCUGCUGAAGCCAGCAAAAGGCAUAUCUGA